ACCUUUGCACUGCCAACCGAAAGCAUUAUCUUGUUUCUGGUCUUGAUUUACUUUGAUUGAAAGAGGUGGAGGACAAAAUAGCUAAGGUUGAAAAUGAGGGUAAAGAUUAAAUGAAAUUUUUUGAAAGGAUUCUCAAAAGUUAAAAAUAAUGAAUCAAGAGCGAAAUCGACGGAACGGAAAAGAUCUUCAAAUUUUAGGCUUCAAGAUCUUCCGGGUGUGAUGAGAAGAUGAAAAUUUUUGCUUCAACUAAUGAUGAUUUUUCAAGUACAAGGAUUCAGUAAGUUGGUUACUAAAAGAUCAUUAAGGGAAUUGUCGGUGGUUUUUUACUUAUAAAAUGUUUUCCAAUGGUUUUAUCCAUUUCAAUGUCUUUCUCAUCAUUACAUUAACCAGUGUUUUGUCCUUACCAGUGAUGCGAAUGCGAUUGUGUAUUGCUUCAAAUGAUCCUUAUCGGUUACAAAGUCAAUGUGUUAUGUGUCACAAUAAGAGGUUUGUCAAAACAGUUAGACAAUGCACUGGAGGGACCUAUUUACCAGCAAACGUUUCUGUGGAGGAAGGUUUUUGUAUGAUUAAACAAUGUCGAUUGCAAAUGCCUCUGGUCCCACCGCAGCCAUAUAAUACACUCGGAAACAAUAUCAAUUUAAACACGGUGCAAACGGAUAAUCUGUAUUCAGGUUAUGAAUCAGCCCCAGAUUAUCAAUAUCAACUUCCAAAGCCAAUUAGAGUUCGUCCACCAGCAGUACUUCAUAUUGGUAAACCAGUACGACCAGGACUUUUAACGGGCAGGCCACUUUUAUUCGGAAAAAGAAGUAUCGAUUCUAGAUUACAUGGUAAUACUCAAGAUACCUCACGAAACAUUACAAGUAAGUUGUUGGUUCACGAGCUGAUGAAUUCUUAAGGUUUGUAUUUAUUCAGUUUUGCUGCAAUUAGUAAUUGAUAAAAAACAAAUUGGCAGGUCUAUAAGGUUCAUAUUAUGUAGAAAGUGCCGUUUAUGCAUACACGUUUCUAAAGUCUACUUUCCCGAUAUUGAGACCUUUCUUUCGCGAAUCACGAUGAAACGUAUUUAAAAAACCAACGAUUCUUUAUUUAUUGAUAAUUUACUAUCGAGUACCAACUCUUUUGAGCGUUAUUUUAAAUAGAUAAACCAACUUAACCAAAUUUUUGCC